AUGGGCGUGCCGUGCGACGGCAAAGGGCGAAGCCCAGACGGCAGCACCGUCGGCAACGGCGCCCAGGGACCGCUGGCCGCUUUGCCAACCAGCGUGGCCGCGGCAAUAUACGAGCAACUGGCGCCGCGCGACCUGGCUGCUUGCGCACAGACAUGCAGAGCGUGGCGCGAGCUGCCGCUGGCCGUGCUGCGCCGCCUGGCGCUAGCGCCCCGCAGCACCUUCCCGCUCGGCCGCCUGCAAAGCUGCACUGCGCUGGUCGAGAUUUCGUCCCAGACGAACCGCGGCCCCGUGUGGGCGGCGGCGGUGCGGGAGCUGCAAGCUAGGCGGCUGCCGGCUCUGCGGCGGGUGACCAUGAAUUACUGGUGUGGAGGCCAGCCCUGCGAGCUCGAUGAUCUGGCCGCAGCCAUGCGGACCCAGGGUACGGGCUGCCGCCUGUCCCUGGCAAUGACUGACAAGGGGGCGCUGUCAGAGCUGUCCUCCCGCCUGCCCUUCCCCGGGCUGGCCCAUCUGGAGGCCAACCUGCCCUACUUCCAUCAGGGAGCGGUGGAUCAGAUAGUGGGGAUUGUGCAGGGCCAGGGCCAGCAGGAGCGCAGCGACGCAGGGACGAGCAGCGGGGAGGGCCUCGCGGCGCCGCCGCUGACGGUGUCCGUGUGGGUGUGCUGCUGGGGCGGCUGCGAGGGCCUGCCGCUGCCCGCGGCGGAGGAGCUGCGGCGCCGGCUGGGGGCGCGGCUGGUGGGGCUCGAGAGCAUCAACCUUGCCGGCCCCGCUGACCUGGCAAGGCUGGCGGGCCUGGUGCCAGGGCUGACGUCACUGGGGUUCAACAUGGAGACCUGCGCCUCACGCGCAUUCGUGGCACGGCUGCUGCCUCGCGGCGCGGCGGCCGAGGCGGCAGGGGUGGCGGCGCCUGCGCCGAUGAACUUCGCGCGGCUGGCAGGUGCGGCGCGCGGCCUGCUGCGGCUGACGCUGCACGGGUCCUCCCCGACAGGAUGGGACUGCGGGCCGCGCGGCGCCGCUGGCGAUGCCGACGGCAGCACCGGCGGCAGCGAGGACGGCUGGCCAUCGCUGGUGCCGCUGCGUGGCCUCACCAAGCUGUCCCUCGCCCGCGACUGGGGACCCGCGCCGCUGCCGCUCGCGCCGCUGGCGCACCCGGCCGGCGAUGCGCUGGGCGCCUCGCUGGUGGAGCUCACCGUUGAGCGGCGGCUGCUGGCGGCCGCGGGGGAGCUGGAGGUCAUAGGCGGCCUGACCGCGCUGACGUUACUAACGCUGGCGCUGCAAGUGGAGCCGCAGCAGCUUGGUCCGUCGGACGCCGACCUGUCCUGGCUGCGCCGCCUGGCGCGCCUGCGCUGCGCCAGCCUGGCAGUGCCGCUGCUGGACUUUGGCUGGCUGCCGGGGUCGCUGGAAGAGCUGGACUGCCUCAAGUUCAGCGACUCUGGUGUGACAUGGGUGCGCUGCGACGCUGGCGGGGCCCCCUUGCCCGCACUUGCGCGGCUCGCGCUGCCGUCGAUGGGCGACGACGAGGAGGAGGAAGAGGGCGAGCCACUGAGGUCGGCGUUGAGCGAUGGUGGCGAUGACGGCGAUGACGUCAGCGGUGGGGAUGGGCAUUGUCGUGCGGACGACAGUCCUGCUGGCCGGGGGUGGGAGGACGCGGAGGACAGGACAUUGGUGGCCAUAUCGCGCCGCUGCCCCCGGCUGGAGGACCUCAACCUGGUCUCCUGGCAGCCCAGCGCGAGCGCCGCCGCCGCCGCCGCCCUGUCGCCGAGCCUGCGGCGGCUCGCGCUCGCAGCGGCGGAGGGCGGGCCGCGGGAGCGCGUCGCGGCGGCGGUGGCGGCGGCGGCGCCUGGUGUGAGUCUCGACUUGGUGGACCCACCUGCUGUGUACCCCUGGUCAACUGUCAGGGUCCUUUGA